CAUGCAUGCUAAAUAAUUUAAAACUAUUUAUCGAGUCUUCCGAAGCUCUCGUUACUAAUUUUAUUCACUAAAUUUAAUAAUUGUGCUGGUGUUUGUAUUUUUUACCCACAGUGUACGAAAUAUUACAAGCAUUAAAAAUGUCUUUCAACGUAAAAGUUUUCGUUUUCGUGGCAAUGGUAUUUUUGAUUGGUGUCGCCGUUUGUACCGAACCCAGCAAUCCUAUUUACAAUGACCCCUGCGUGAAGGGAUGCAGCGUGACAUACGAUUAUAGUCCUUUUUGUGGCAGCGAUGGUCAAACUUAUCCUACUAGAAGUUACCUUCGUUGUUUUCAAAGGUGUAAUAAACAGAUUACGAAGGCUUAUGAUGGACAAUGUAAACAGUGAAGCUGUAUUCUUCAACAAAAUGUGUCACUAACAGGACAAAGUUCGUGCUUUUCACUCUCAGUGGUACUUGCACUUGGAUUUUCGUACCUUACUGCAAGCUAUUCUGUUAAUUAAAUGUUUUUUUUUCUAUCCUAAGAGUUACUUACUUUUAAUCAUUCUGUUAUUUUAACUUAUAAAAAUUGUUGUGUAUUGAAAAAAAUAAAUGAAAAUUUCAAUAA